GAAUGGGGGCCGUUCCGCCCGCGGAGGAGGACUGCUCUCCCUCUGGCCUGCAGCCUUAUUUAUUACAUACCGAAGUAUAAAACCGCCUGGCCGGCUGCAAGUCUCAUCUCCAACCCUGGCACUUGCCAGAAGAGACCACGGCACCCGGAGCCCUAGCCGUCUUCUCCGGGAGGCUCUGUGGCUCUGUUGAGAAUCAUGCUCGGAAGGCAGCUCGUCUGUUGGCACCUGCUGGCUUUGCUUUUCCUCCCUUUUUGCCUGUGUCAAGAUGAAUACAUGGAGGUGAGCGGAAGAGCUAAUAGAGUGGUGGCGAGAAUAGUGCAAAGCCAUCAGCAGACUGGCCGUAGCGGCUCCAAGAGGGAGAAAGUGAGAGAGCGGAGCUAUCCUAAAACUGGGACUGUGGAUAAUAACACUUCUACAGACCUAAAACCCCUGAGACCAGAUGAGCUACCGCACCCCGAGGUAGAUGACCUAGCCCAGAUCACCCCAUUCUGGGGCCAGUCUCCACAAACUGGAGGACUGCCCCCAGACUGCAGCAAAUGUUGUCAUGGAGACUACAGCUUUCGAGGCUACCAAGGCCCCCCUGGACCUCCUGGUCUCCCUGGCAUUCCAGGAAACCAUGGAAACAAUGGCAAUAACGGAGCCACUGGCCACGAAGGGGCCAAAGGAGAGAAAGGAGACAAAGGUGAUCUGGGGCCACGAGGGGAGCGCGGGCAGCAUGGCCCCAAAGGAGAGAAGGGCUACCCGGGGAUCCCACCAGAACUGCAGAUUGCAUUCAUGGCUUCUCUGGCAACUCACUUCAGCAAUCAGAACAGUGGGAUUAUCUUCAGCAGUGUCGAAACCAACAUCGGAAAUUUCUUCGAUGUCAUGACCGGUAGAUUUGGGGCCCCAGUAUCAGGCGUGUAUUUCUUCACCUUCAGCAUGAUGAAGCAUGAGGAUGUUGAGGAAGUGUAUGUGUACCUCAUGCACAAUGGCAACACGGUCUUCAGCAUGUAUAGUUAUGAAACAAAGGGGAAAUCAGAUACAUCCAGCAACCAUGCAGUGCUGAAGCUGGCCAAAGGGGAUGAGGUUUGGCUGAGAAUGGGCAAUGGCGCUCUUCACGGGGACCACCAGCGCUUCUCCACCUUUGCAGGCUUCCUGCUCUUUGAAACUAAGUAAAAGUAUGAAUAGACCAGCUCCACUUUUGGGAAGAUUAUAGCUGAGCUGGUAUUGUCAUGAUCUGAGGGACUUUAGAUUUGAUGGUUCUACAUGUUGUAUUAAAAAUUUUUUUAUUGGUUACAUUGUUAAUCAUACUACAGGUACAUCAGUAAUGCGGGAUGACUCAGGAGCUCAGAAGAAUAAACCACAAAACAGUCUUCCCAAGUGACCUUGACUAAUAUACCCAGUAACCUUUAUCACUCCUAGGCACCUAAAAGAGAGUUCCCUUCUUGAUACAGGUUGGAAAUAAUUGUUCCCAUCACAGAAGUCAUUUGCAAAGAGUUUUGGCGGCUCUAAUAGCAACAUUCAGGAACCCCUGAGGGUCUGGUUUCCUCAUUCUUUACAACUUUUCAGAGAAUAGGAUGCAGUGAUUAUGAUGGGGCCAAGGAAAGAAUAGGGGGCACUUGCCUGGAUCAAGGUACCAGAAAUAUUUGUAAAGUCUAGACUGGGAAGUAACACUUUGAUCCAGUGGGUCAAUAUUCAUGGAUAAAGUAUAGAUAUUUUUUAGUAACUCCAGAUAGCUUUAAGACAGCAGAAGUAUUCACAAUGCUCAAAAAUAAUUGACUCCUCCUUUUUUUAUAAGGAUAGUGCUAUAAUUAAAUCUUGACUUCUAAUGCCUUAUAUUUUUAGAAAUAGAAUUUUCCUGUGAUCCAGAAUUGGGCUUACCAGAUCUGGAUUAUCAGAUUGACUCUUUUCCUUUGCAUCUCUUACAUUACAGCAGAGCUUUGUUGACUUUGGCCUGCGGUGAGUGUAGGUCCAUACAGUACGGAUAUAAUCACCCACUUUUCUAUCAGCUUAGAAAUUACCCUAAUAUACUUUACACACACUGACAUGGCAUAUUUAAGGAGCUGUAAACCCAAACAUAUACAGCCAAACUAAUGUAUACAAAAUAUAAGGGUAUUUCACUUAGGAGACAUAUAAUAAAAUUGCUUAAUCUUUUUUAAAAAUAAAAAUAUAUAUGGGAAUUGCCUGGUGGUCCAGCGGUUAGGACUCGGUGCUUUCACUGCCAUGGCCUGGAUUCAAUCCCUGGUCACGGAACUAAGAUCCCGCAAGCUGCAUAGCGCAGCCAAAAAUUUAAAAAAUCUGUAUGUUUAAAAAAAAAUUAUGUGACUUCUUUGAUUAUCAUAUUUAAUCAAUAUUCACAGAGCAGCUGUGCCACUUGACUUUUGCCUAUACCUCUCCAAAAAUCAAUUCUCAAAGGAUUAAAUUUGUCACCAAAAAGACACUCAUGCGAAUGUGCCAUAAGUUCUGAUGACAGUACCCCAAAUUGGUUUACUUUAAGCAAAGAAUCAUUGGAAUAUGCGUUUACCUUGAUGUUGAAUCAUAUUUAAAAUGCACUACAGAGAUGUUCAUCUAACAAAUAUUACAUAAUGAAUUCCCUUAGAAGUAAUGAGCCCUUAAUUUAUUUUCUGUUACAAUUUGAAUUUCCACAAAGGAUUUUUAACUAUGAGUUUACUUGUAUUGAUUACCCCCUAUAGCUAGAAGCAGAGAUAAUGAAUUAGAGCUGCCCUUUUAGCUAAUAAUGUGUUCCACAUUCAUACCAGUCUCUGACCCUUUCCUUUUGAUCUACAAAUAUUUUGAAACUCUUCCUGAAUCCAUAUACAAUGCUAUUUUAAAGUGAAUGGAUGUUAGCUAUAAUGUGCUUGACUGGUAAUGUUUUUGUGGUUUUGUGUAUAUUCUCCCUCUCCCACCCCACCUCGGUAUAGGGUCAUGGGGUUGAAGUUUACUCUUACCAAAUGUCAUAACUUUCUAGAAGUGCAUUGACAAUAGACAACUGAAUAUUGCAUGUUGCCCAAAAGGACUUCAUAUCUAAAGAGCAUGCAUUACUAAUAAAGUGACUUAGAGUAAGAUAUUGACCUGGCUUUAGAUAAAACUGAAGCAAGAAAACUGUAAUAAGCAUUAUAUGGAAAUAAACCCACUUUUGUUAAAUGUA